ACACAGACAGAGACAUGCAUUUUGUAGGCAGACGGGGAUUCAUAAUUUUUUUUUAGUCGGAUGUCAUUGUAAGUAAAUUGGAUGGUUUCCUGAGGAUGGAGGAGCUAAAAUCAAGCAUCAAGCAGCUAAGCGAUGAAAGCCUUCUCUCUGAGUUGCAGAAAUCUGGCAUCCAAGCUGGUCCAAUUUUGUCAACAACACGUCCACUUUGGGAAAAUAAGCUCAUAAAUUUGGUUGCAAAAAAGAAGGGGCUAUUAACCCCCGAAGGACAAACAGAGAGAGAGGUAAACAUGAACUAUGGUAAAGUCUCGUCAAAUAGCGUCGACAGUGUGCCCAGUAGCACCGUUGCAAGCCAGAGUACAUGUAGAUCGGAGGACCAAAAUGAUGGAAAGAUGGAUGAAGGGAAGAAAGAAGCACCUGCUUUUUAUUACGGCGUCAGUCUACCGUCUGAUGCUGAUCUGACUAAUGAGGAAGUAAAAGAAGCAGUUUUCACUGAUAAGAUUGAGGCACUGAAAUUUGCUAAGAAAUUCAAAGGAGCAAGAUUUAAGGCUUUCAAGAACCAAGAAGAAGCAAAUAAUUUUGCUCAGCAAGUGGCAGACUUUUCACAGUCCCCUGCUGCCAAACAAACAGCCUUGCCCCAGGGAUCACCAGACACUGUUGCUGGAGAAACGGGUACAGGAACCAUCACAGAGUCUCUGCCUUUUAAAGCCCCUAAGACGCAGGACUUGGUCAAGCUUAGGAAAGCCAUUGAAACUGAUAACAGGGACACUUUCGAAAACCUUGUCUGGAGUAAUCCAAGAUAUCUUAUAAGUAGUGGGGACACACCUGCCAUAUUACAAGAGGGAUUUAGAUACAAUGGUUUACAUGUAUGUGCUAUGAGGAACAGACCAGACAUGUGUCGCCUCCUAUUGGACACUUUGGAAGAUCCUGCUUUCAUAAAAUUACUGUAUACAAAUGACACAGAAGAAACAAGAAAUUCCAGAAUAGACUUUUUGGUAGACUUGUACCUGAAUACACCAGAUAAGGGAGUCUGUGAAACACCACUUCAUUUUGCCUGCAAAUUUGGACAUGUGGAAAUUGUGGAAAUUUUGACAUCUCAUCCUAAGUUAUUGAAAAACAUGAGGAACAAAUAUGGAGAAUUGCCAGUAGACGUGGUAUGCUCGAGAAUAAAAGAUAAAUCAAAAGAAAAGGAAGCUAGAGCAAAAAUUGAGGAAUUACUGCAAGGCUGCUUGGUUUAA